GUGUGUAUGAGCGUGUGUGAGAGAGUAGCUUCUUCCAUGGUGCCUUGCGCUUCUGUCAGCACAAUGGCCGGGCUCGAGUGAGGCAAGAGACUUCACCUCUUCGGGGAAGGAACGAUGAGGAGGAAAGGUCACUGCGGUUGCCAAAGAAGUUGGACAAGAUUGUAGUCAGUCGCUGUGGAUUCCUGAGGCCUUUUGUAGGCCUGUUUCCAUAGCAACCUCCUCGGUCCCCACGAGGACCACCGCCAAUCGCCCCCCCCCCUUUCCUCCAUAAAGAGAACGUGACCCCGUGACCGGAACAGGAAUGGACACAGAGUCGACCCACUCGGGCUACUCCAGCCGCUCGGGGAGGUCAAACCGACACGGCGAGCGAGGCCGCGAGCGUCACAAGGCCUGCGGGAGCAAAGACAGCAGCCGCUCCGAGAGGUCGGUCAUCAUCAAUCCCCCGGAGACGUCCUCCCAGGAUUCUCCGGUGCACAACGGUGAGCCGCUGCCGGGAGAGCCCUCGCCGGGGGCGGAUCCUGGCGAAGAGGGCCAGGAUGAUAACUGGGGGGAAACCACCACUGCAGUGACCGGCACCUCCGAGCUGAGCAUUUCCCAGGAGGAAGUGGUGGGCUUGGGAAAAGGCAUACAGGACCGGACCCGAAACUUCCGCCGCUAUCUCCCCUUAGCUGUGGGCCUGUGUGUGGGUCUGCUGGUGCUGGCCACCCCGCUGGUCUUCCUGCUCUUGCCUGUAAUAAUGUGGCCCGAAAGACUGCAGCCUUGCGGCGCCGCCUGCGAGGGUCUCUUCCUGUCCCUCUCCUUCAAGCUCCUCAUGCUCCUCACGGCCAUCUGGGCACUGUUUCUCCGGCCAGCUCGGGCGAGCCUGCCCAGAGUGUGCGCGUGCCGGGCCUUCCUCACCACACUCACCCUACUGCUUACCAUGUCCUACUGGCUCUUCUACGGUGUCAGGAUCCUCGAGGCACAGGACGAGGACUACCACGGUGUGGUCCAGUUUGCCGUGUCCUUGGUGGACUCCCAACUUUUUGUCCACUACCUGGCGGUGGUCCUGCUGGAACUCCGCCACCUCCGACCUUGCUACAGCGUGUGCGUCAUCCGAUCCACUGACGGAGAGACGCGUCACUACAACAUUGGGCAGCUCAGCAUUCAGAAUGCAGCCCUCACCGUUUUGGAGUAUUACUACAGAGAUUUCCCGUUCCACAACCCGGCGCUCCUCUCGGCCUCCAAGCAUCGCGCCGCCAAGCACCUGGCCGGAUUAAAAGUCUACAACGUUGACGCUCCAGGGAGUGCGGCGGGGGCGCAGCCUGCUAAUGGAAACCAGUCCCAGGCCAUGAUCGCUGCCGCUGCCAAACGUAAAGAUAGCGCCCAUAAUGAGCUGUACUACGAGGAGGCCGACUACGAGAGACGAGUACGCAAACGGAAAGCCAGGUUGGUGGUGGCGGUGGAAGAGGCUUUCACGCACGUGAGGCGCAUGAAGAAGGAAGACGAGCAGGCCACCCCUUCAGACAUCAUGGAUGUGCGGGAAGCGGCUCUGGCUAUUUUCCCCUCAAUGGCCCGCGCACUGCAGAAGUACCUCCGCACCACUAGGAGGCAGCAGUGUCACAGCAUGGAGAGCAUCCAGAAGCACCUGGCCUUCUGUCUCAUCAAUAACAUGAGCCCCAAGGCCUUCUUGGAGACGUACUUGUCCCCUGGCCCCACCCUGCAGUACGGCCCCGAGCGCUGGAUGGCCGAUCAGUGGACGCUGGUGAGCGAGGCGUCCGUAACAAGCGGCGUCAAGGACGGCAGCGACUUUGUGCUCAGGUGCCUCGACUUCAAUCUGGCCAUCACCGUCAAGAGCAUCCCGUACAUCCAAGUGAGUGAAGAGUACGUCGACCCCAAAUCGCACAAGUUCGUGCUUCUGCUCCAGUCGGAAACUUCGGUGUAACGGCCGGCUGCUCCUCUGGACCUACAGCACUCUUACAAUUUCUGCAUUUACCUUUUCAAAAAGGCAGUUUUUUUUUCCCAUCUUUUGCUUAUAUAAUCUGACAGGAAGAUACCUGGAUUUUUUUAUCUUGACAUCCUGUAUGCACUAUAGAAAAGACUCAUUGUUGUGUUUGCAUGGAGAUGAAUGUGUGACUAAGUUUUUAGGAUGCAAAAAUGUGUUUUUAUGGGAGACAUUUGCCAAACGUGUGUCUGGAAAAAUCACAAAAACCCAACUGCUAGUUUUGAAUUAGCUGUUGGUAUACAGUAUGUACAGUAUUUAUAUGUGAAUGUGCAUUAUUCCCUGCAUACUUUUUAUAUCAAAAUGGUGGAUUGCUUGGAUUUUAACUUUUUUUAUUUAGCUUUGUGCAGGCAAAGAUUGUGAAUUUGUAUAUGACAACCACUGUAAUCACCACAGUCGAUGUUUCACAUUUCUGUGUGUCCUAUGCUGUUUUAUAAUAACAUUUUAUAUCUAAAAGUAUUCCAGCACUUCUCUGCAGCAUGAGACUUUACAAAUUACAUAUGAAUAUUCAAUAAUUACAGGGACCAUUUUAAUCUUAAUUUUAAAAGAAGGCAUUUGAUUUAAUUCAAUUGUGUGGUGUUUGGUUGUAGUCAGCAUGAGCAUCUCAUUGCUGCCACCUAUUGACCAUUUUGACAAACUGCACAUGUCAAAACGACAAAUUUGCAAGGGUCAAAUUUGUAUUUUUAAAUUGAAUAUUGUCAUUUCACUGUUACGUACUGUUGUCACUGUAGUUUAGUGAUUUCUAAUGUUGCUGACUCUACAUACUUUGUCUUGACUGAAACAUUUAUCGCAAACUGUGUAUAAGUGUACUGUAAGUUUGUGUUAUGCGUUUGAUGCCUCUUUUGUACUACUGAACAGAACGUCACAGAAUCUGUGUCCGAAAUGCAUUUGUUAAAAAAAAUAAGCUAAAUAAAAAGCAU